UAUAGAGAGAAGGUGAAGUGAUGAAAGAAUCCAGCAUGUAAGGGUCCAGACAAGACUGUGAUGAUCAUCUUCAGGAUCAAAGGGGUGGUUGCACCUUAUUUUCUGUCUCUACUUUGUUAGUUACUCAUCAUUCUUUGUGUAGAAUCCAAAUGGGUAAAGGCCGAGCCCCGUGCUGCGAUAAGAGCAAGGUGAAGAAGGGACCAUGGAGCCCUGCGGAGGACUUGAGGCUCACAAAUUUCAUACAAAUACAUGGUCAUAGUAACUGGCGCGCUCUGCCUAAACAAGCCGGGCUGAUGCGAUGUGGAAAGAGUUGUCGUUUGAGGUGGAUUAAUUACCUAAGGCCCGACGUUAAACGAGGAAACUUCACGCCCGAAGAAGAGCAAACCAUAAUCAACCUCCAUAAUUCUAUUGGAAACAAGUGGUCAAAAAUUGCUUCUUACUUGCCCGGAAGAACUGAUAACGAGAUCAAGAAUGUCUGGAACACGCACUUGAAGAAAAGAGCACUAACUUAUAAGAAAACUACAGCAGAUCAUGACUCACACAAAACUGAUCUAGUUCCAUCUUGUACCUCAAGUUCUAUUACAUCAUCCGAUGCUCAUAACAACGUGGAAAAGUCGGCACCCAGUGAUCAAGAAUCGCAGGUUAAGAAGUCAAACGAAAAACAGGCCGAGUUUUUAAAACUGAAACCUAAUAACCACGACCAAGUCAAGGAAACCCUGAUGUCUGAUUCUCCUACAUCAUCUUACGCCUCCAACUUCUCCAGCCUGCAGGAAAACAGGCCAAAAAACGAUCCAAACAAGGGGAAAAUCGAAAUUCCAUUGGAUUCCGAUAUUGAUUUCUGGGAACUGCUGGAUUCCCUGGAUCCUCUACACCCGGAGAAAGCAGAAGAGAAUGACCCGAAUCAGGGACAGGAUCUGUCCCGUCCUGGAGAAAAACUGGAUCCGGGGAUUGAAUGGUUUAGAUUCCUGGAAAAAGAACUUGGACUAACAAAUGAUGCUGAGAAUCUGACAAGUGAAGAGAACCUAGUCGCAACAGGCCCAGUACAGUACCAGGAGAUGAAUUUGGAGGGUGGAAUCAGCCCUGUAUUGGAUUAUUUCCCAAUAUGGCCUUCUUCACCUCAAAAUCUUGGCGUCUAGAAGCGGACAAGAGUGUUGGGUCAAUCUAGGAACCGUGUCAAAUUUGGGCAAAUCUUGUUAGUCAUUUUUUCUUACAUGUAAACACUGUUUUUGUUUUGGGUGAAACAAGAAUAGCUAGCCCAGACAAAACACAUGUACACUUUUUCUUUUUAAUUUGUUUAGCAUUAUCCGAUCCAUAAGUUGACUGUCAAAACUAGCUAGGUAGGUGAUAUUCCCCCCACUAGCUUUGCUGCCACUUAACUUAGAAUUUCAUGCAAAUUUAGUCUUGGUUAUGUCCCCACACUUUGGAGAAUGAGAGCUCCAUCUUUUCACCAAGUACAAUUACUGGUAGGUAUUAUAGUU